AUGGCCUCCGCGAAGACCGCGGCGGUUUCGAAGACUGUUCGUCUACUCGAUCCAACAACUGCCGUAACAUUACCUGCUGUACGGUUCCCAGGCACAAAUGGAAAAGUGAUCCAAGGGAAGGUCCGGUUUCCCAAUUCUCAGGCGGCCAAAAACUUCGGAAGACAGGAGAGUGCCAGGUUAAAGAAAGCCCUUCAACACAUCACUCAUGGGAAGAAUAUCUUCGCCUACAGCAAUUUCCGCACAAACCAAGUAGUCUACUCGCUCUCACGGUCCCUAGAUUCUCAAAACGUUCUAUCACAGCUGCUGUACCACGGGAAGAAGACGGUUCCUGCUGGUCUUCGCAAGGACAUGUGGGUUCCGUACUUCUCAAUCCAUUUCCAUACUCCAUCACUUGGCCUUGAAGCCUACAAACUAUUGCGAGAGUUUUCUCUGCGACGACAGCUCGAGCCGCCAACCAAAUUAAUAACAAAUUCCAAGGAAUCGCUGGAGAAAAAACGGCCGCAAGAUUUAGCUGAAGCUAAGAAAUGGGAUCAGACAUGGAACCCUCGAAUUGGGCAAAUAAUGAUGAAGAAAGAUCGCGCAAGAGUGUUGAUGGACCAGAAAGCCACCAGCGUUGCGGACGCUGCUGCAGUCUUGACCAUUCAGGCUAAGCGUGAACAGAAGCAACACGAGCAGGAGGAAAACGAAGAUGAAAAGGGGAAACCACAGGAGAAGAAAUUAUCUCACAAGGCCAGGCGGCGUGUGAUACGGGCACAAAAGCGACAGCAGGCGCAUGAAGAGCUUGUUCGAAAGCGAAUUAACGAGCUCGAGAAAUCCAUGUCAAACAGAGGCAUCCAAGCUAAAGUUGAUAUGGAAGGUGAGCUGGCUGAUUACAAGGUUGAAGAGGGGGCGGUUAAACUUCUAUGGACGGAUCUUCAGGACGCCCAGUAUGCUUGCUCAUGGCCUGAUAUUGUUCAGCACGGCGAGCUUGAGCCAAAUAGGGAACAUAUUAUCGGCAACGCUUUGAAGCUAGACAAGGAAGAGCAUCUGUCAUCGUCCUUGGAAGAAACACUCAUCGAAAAUGACGCCUCAACCAGUGCCCCCGCUGAGGAGCCAACCAAGAAGGGAUUGAGGUUCUGGAAGAACUAG